UCUUUGUGGACCUCCUCCUUUCCCCCCCCUCCUCCCUCUCCCCUUCUCUGGGCGGGGUUGGUCUCCAGUAAGGGGAGGGCUGACCACUCCUCCCUGCCCCGCCCCACCCCUCCCCAUGUGCUUCCUGGGGGGCUGUUGCAGGCCCCAGCAGGGGCACUCUGGGCAGCUGGGAGAAGACCCAUCUGGGCAAGCUUCCCUGCGGCCCCACAGCCAGCCUGCCUACUUCUCUUUCAGGUUUCUCCAAGUGCUUCCCUGCUCCUGUUUGCUUCCCCAUCUCUCCAGGUUUCCGUCUUCCCAGUUCCCUUCCCGGGCUGGUGGCAGUGGGGGCUGUGCCUGGUGGGCCCCACAGAGAUGCUCAGUGCUCGGGAUCGCCGGGACCGGCCCCCCGAAGAGGGGGCAGCUGCAGUGCUCCAGGGCUUCGCCGUGGACAAGACCUUCCUCUCCUCCCUCAAAGGCAUCUUGCUGGAAACUGAGCUGGCCCUGACCUUCAUCAUCUUCAUCUGCUUCACGGCCUCCAUCUCCGCCUACAUGGCUGCAGCACUACUCGAGUUCUUCAUCACACUCGCUUUCCUCUUCCUCUACGCCACCCAGUACUAUCAGCGCUUCGAUCGGCUGAACUGGCCCUGUCUGGACUUCCUCCGCUGUGUCAGUGCCAUCAUCAUCUUCCUGGUGGUCUCCUUUGCGGCUGUGACCUCCCGGGAUGGAGCUGCCAUUGCUGCUUUUGUUUUUGGCAUCAUCCUGGUUUCCGUCUUUGCCUAUGAUGCCUUCAAGAUCUACCGGACUGAGAUGGCACCCAGGACCACCCAGGAUGACCAGCAGUGACCCUGAGCUACCUGGCUCCCAGGCCCAGCCAGACAAAGGCAACAGUGCACAUUUCCUUUGGUUUCACUAGCCCACAGCCUACUACCUCCCAGCCAGGCCUACAGAGAUGGAUUCUGGUCUGAGAAGUCACCAGAUACUUGUCUGUGGGGCUCAGUGCUCUGAUGAAGCUCCAACAGGAAGGAGGUGUUUUGGGGAGGGAGGGCAGGAGGAAGCUGGUCAUUCCCAAAUUAAAAGAUUCAAAUCCUACUGGUGAGUCUUUUUCUUCCCCAGAAAUCAGGCAGAUUAGGAAAGCCAGGGAGUAUUCAUAGAAAUGCUGCCUGGAGCGGGUCAUGGUCCCUCUUCUGCAACCAGGUCUGAGCAGUGAGGAAGGGCAGCUGCACUGAAGGUGCUGAAAACUUCCUUUAACACAAAACUUCCUGUCCACAUUCUCUGUGUGCCAGGCCUUUACGGAGUGCCUGGUGGCUGGGUUCCCAGAGUCCUGUGUCUGAGAAGGCACAAGCCUUCCCCAUGUAAGUGCCCACCUGCCAUACCUGCACACCCAGGUUCGUUGGUGGGUUUGGGACCAGGUGCUUGCCUGGGGUGUGUGUAGAGCUCCCCCUUGUGGUGUGGAGAGGACUUGGCCCACAGGCCACAGGAGCGAGGUCAGCCUGCGGCACCAGAUGAGGGCAGAACUUCCCAAAAUGCUGGCUCUGGAAGAGCCCUUAGACAUCAGCUGGUCCGAUGACUUCAUUUCACAAAAGAGAAAACAAGCCUAGUCACAGGGAACGACCUCUUUACUGUGACAGAGCUGGGACUAGAACCCAGCUUGCCUAACACCUAUCUGUACGGGUGAUCUGGAUACUGUACUAAACUCCUAUAGUUCAGGAAAAAAAUGGCCCAGCCUCAUCUCCAGCUCCCUCCACCAGUGGGUCCAGUCUUCCAGCUUACCAGCGCCUCAUCAAAUAUUUCCUGAGCAUCUCCUGUAUGCAGGCCCUGUGCCAGGCCCCAGG